ACACCGCGACUCACCACCGGUAGUAAACUGACCAAAAACAAACGUGACUGUAAACUGAGUGUUUAUUUCAUAAUUAGGUGCGCGCGUGAACAUUAUCGGCAGUAACGGCGCUGUUUUUGCUCCAUCAUGAGUUCGUCAAUGCCGCAGAAGCGUUACUACAGACAGAGAGCCCACUCAAACCCGAUGGCUUACCACACGUUUGACUAUCCUGUGUGUCCUGAGGAGAUGGACUGGUCCGAGCUGUAUGCAGACUUCUUCACUGGAAACCACUCUGACAGAGACACCCCCAGAGUUGAGUUUGCUGACAUUGGAUGUGGAUACGGGGGUCUUUUAGUGGAGUUAUCUCCACUUUUCCCAGAUAAGCUGAUGCUGGGUCUGGAGAAAGUGAAGGUUUCAGACUAUGUUCAGGAUCGCAUCCGGUCUCUGCGUGCCUCAGAACCAGGCAAAUACCAGAACAUCGCCUGCAUCCGCAGCAACGCGAUGAAGUACCUCCCCAACUUCUUCUUUAAAGGACAGCUCAGUAAGAUGUUCUUCCUCUUCCCCGACCCUCACUUUAAGAAGACCAAGCACAAGUGGAGGAUUAUUAGUCCCACGCUUUUGGCAGAGUACGCCUACGCGCUGAGAGUCGGGGGUUUGGUGUAUACCAUCACAGAUGUGGAGGAAGUGCACGUCUGGAUGGUGAAGCACUUCACUGAACAUCCACUGUUUGCACGUGUCCCUGAUGAAGAGCUGGUUGAUGAUGUCAUCAUAAGUCGAUUGGGUACCUGUACAGAGGAAGGAAAGAAAGUGCAGAGAAAUGGAGGGAAGAAUUUUCUUGCAGUUUUCCGGAGGAUUGAGCAUUGGAAUUAGAAACUAGACCAUUUUUGGACAUGAAAUGAACUGAAACAAACACGGAGGACUACGCUGCUCUGUGGAUCUGGAGGCUGUGGUUUGUUCCCCAGCGGAGGAACACUGGUGUUUGUGGGGUUUUUUCUGGUAUGAAUGGACAAACGUUUGCAGGAUUAGUCUAGAGGAUUUGUGUUUUUUUUUUUUGUUAUUUUGCGAAAUUUAUGUAUUUCAUUCCUCAGCUCACAAAAGACACAAGGGGAGGAAAUCAUAAAGUCAUCCCUGUUCAGAGUAGAUCUUGUGAAUUGUAAUGUUUUGCUUUUUUAAAUGAAUUUUUAGAAAGUUUCUUUUGCUAGUGCCAUUUCUGAUUUCCUUUAAAGCUGUAAAUUCUUUUAGUAAAACAAAAAGUCAGUGUUUGGGAUUGGUUCAUUGUAGUGAUGAUCAGUACUUUGUAGGCAUUGAGGAGAGCAGGAACAGGUGAACUGAAUUUGGAAAGACUGUAUGAGAGUUUUGAGUUGCAAUUAUUUUUUUUAGUCUUUCUCACACAAGGACUUGCUUUAUUCAAUAUUCAAGGUUUGUAAAGGACUUCAGGUUUAAAACAUUUUUUUGAUGAUAUAAUUUUGUUGGUUUUGCAGCGCUAAUUGGCACUAUAGGCGGCUGAAUCUGAAAUGGAUUGGUUUAUGGAGUCAUUUGCCAACAGUCUAAAUCCUGCUUGUUUGCUCUGGUCACUGUCCAGUUUAAAAGAUAUACCUGCAUGCUGCAGCACAUUCUGCGAGCAGCAAACUGAGCAGAGAGGAUUCAGAUCAAAGGGAAGAUUGUGACACAAUCACGUUUAAGAUCUCUUUUUGACGAGGCUAGUAAAAUGACUUGUUUAAUUAACACCUGCAUGUCUGAUUGAUUACCAGAAGUUCUCUUUAAUGUCGUUUAAAUAGAAUCCACUUAUUUAAACCACAAAUUGACCACAACUGGUGUUGCUCCUACAUGUUAUGAUAUCCUGAAUAAACCCAUAAU